AGCCUGAGCUUCCGCAAGCACCAGACCCUGCAGCGGCACGUCCGCGUCGCCCACCUCGGCCUGGCCGCCUUCGUCUGCGCCGCCGAGGAGGGCUGCCGGGCCGGCUUCGACACGGCCGGCGCCCUGCGCCGCCACGUCGAGCGGGAGCACGGCGAGGUGCGCUUCUGGUGCGAGGAGUGCGCCGGCGACGGCGCCGGCGACGGUGACGUGCGCAGGGUCGGCUUCCGCACCCUGCCGCAGCUGCAGGCCCACAUGCGCAAGGAGCACGUCGACUGCCUCUUCUGCGACGUCCGCUGCGGGAGCCAGGCCGACCUCGAGAGGCACGUGGACAUGUACCACUCCGGCACCACGGUCGAGGACCGGAAGACGGUCGGCUGCACCUGGGAAGGCUGCGGCAAGAAGUUCACCAGGGUCUCGAACCUCAACACCCACAUCCGGACCGCGCACGAGGGCCUGCGCUUCGUCUGCGGCCAGGUCGACACGUACCAGACCGACGACAUUGCCGACUGGAACUGGAGGGAAGAAGGCUGCGGCCAGACCUUCGUCAGCAAGCUGAAGCUGGAGGAGCACGUGCGCUACGUGCACCUGGGAAGGAAACGGCCGCCGAACCAGUACACGGUCAAGUCGGCGCGGCCGGGCGAGGAGGACGAGAUGUCGGCCGCCGUGCCGACGCGGACCAUUCCCUGCUCCGUCGAGGGCUGCGGUGCCAAAUUCGUCCGGCAUGCCGAUCUCGACAAGCACUUGCAGAAGAACCACCCGAUCUCGCAAGAGGACGUCAUCGAUCCGCGCCUGCAGGAGGCCGACGGCAACCGAGAGCAGUUCUGGAUCGAGUCCGCCAUUCCUGCCGUGGAGGAGCCGAGCUUCGACUCGGAUUGGGCCGAGAUGCGGCGCCUGAUCGACUUGGACGCGCUGGUGGAUGCGAAGGAAUGA